ACAAAGACAUUGUAUUAAAAAUCUAAGGUAGAUUGUACGGAUCAUAUGGGUCGAGUUCCACCGACAGCUCCAUCAGAAGAUGGAAUGAACAGAGGUAUACCGGUCCAACACGCCGGUAUACCGGUCCAGCAAACCGGUGUACCGGUAGGUUCGUUCACGCCACAGGAUUAUCAAGCUAAUAUUGUUAACCAGCACGUCGGGAGCUCAUGGAACACCGGUUUGUUUGAUUGUCAUGAAGAUCAGACCAAUGCCGUUAUGACAGCAUUCUUCCCUUGCGUGACAUUCGGACAGAUAGCUGAAGUUGUGGACGAAGGAGAGAUGACUUGUCCAUUGGGGAGUUUCAUAUACUUGCUAAUGAUGCCGGCGUUGUGUUCGCAAUGGGUGAUGGGAUCAAAGUACAGAGCAAAGAUACGGAGUAGAUACGGUCUCGUAGAAGCUCCGUAUUCAGACAUCGUAUCCCAUGUGUUUUGCUCUUGUUGCUCUUUGUGCCAAGAGUAUAGAGAGCUCAAGACCAGAAACCUGGAUCCUUCUCUAGGUUGGAAUGGGAUUAUUGCACAGAGACAAGGGCAUUAUCAGAAUCAAGCGGCACCAAGUGUUGCUCCUCCGAACCAAUACAUGUCUAAUUAAAUCAUCUCCUUUUGUUAUGAAUUAUUUAAAUUCACACAUAUAUUUUCUAUUUAUUUUGGUUAUACGGAUAGUAAUAAUGAAAGAUAAUUCUUGAUUGGGAGUAUUUUCUUUAUUUUAA